AUGAAUGACGACGAGAUCCCAGACCUCAUCGACGCAAACCAGAACGGCAAUUUGAAUUCCUCAACUGUCAAACCAGAUCAGUCCAUUAAAAAGGUACCAAUUACUAUUGUCACAGGCUACCUGGGUGCUGGCAAGACGACAUUGCUGAACUACAUUUUGACGGCCGAACAUGGGAAGAAAAUAGCAGUCCUGCUAAAUGAAUUCGGUAACACUGCAGAUAUUGAGAAGUCUUUGACCGUUUCUAAGGGUUCCGAAUCUUCAACCGAAUGGAUCCCCCUCGCCAAUGGUUGCAUAUGCUGCAGCGUCAAAGACUCCGGGGUGGCAGCCCUGGAAUCUCUCGUGGAUCGCCAGAAGGAUUUUGACUAUAUCCUCCUCGAGACAACAGGCGUUGCAGAUCCAGGGAAUAUCGCACCGAUGUUUUGGCUGGACGAGGGUUUGGGGAGCAGUAUAUACCUAGACGGUAUCGUCACGGUUGUAGACGCAAAGAAUGUCCUCAAAAGUCUGGACGAGCCAGCACCAGAAGAGAUCCCAGAGGCCGAGCAAGAAGCGGAAAACCAUCACCACCACACCCCACUCCUAACGACUGCUCAUUUGCAAAUCUCUCACGCAGAUGUGAUAAUACUGAAUAAAACUGACCUUGUCGAACCCUCUCAGCUCUCAAAAGUAAGAACGCGAAUAACCUCGAUCAACGGUCUGGCAAAGAUCAGAGAGACUUCUCACUCUCGUGUGGAAAGUCUGUCCGGCACAGUCCUAGACCUUUCCGCAUAUUCGACCUUUCCCAGCGACUCAAAAGGACCAUCGUUCUCGUCCAAAGGGCAUUCCCACCUCGACCCCACUAUCUCGACGAUCACGCUGCCACUUCCCAUUUUCGAUGUGCAGAAACUUCCUCUACUUGAAGGCUGGCUCGAGACAGUCCUCUGGGAAGCCAACGAGCGGCAGGAAGGAAAGACACGCAAAUACGAAAUCCAUCGAACGAAGGGCCUGGUAGUACUCACAGACGACACGAUAAGAGUUGUACAGGGGGUACGGGAAAUCUUCGAGAUCAUCGAACCACCGCAACCUGUACAGGACGAACGGGACCAGGACGCAGUCCCACCAGAGGGCAAAAUUGUGUUCAUCGGCAGGAACCUCGAUCUCAUAGGUACCGACGUCAUUCCAAUUCGCCCUUGA